CAGAAACCUAUAAUUACCUUGGUAUGUCACAGUCGUUGGGUAUUGAGGAAGAAGGUAUUAGACGGUCGGUGAAGGAGCGCUUUUUCAGUCGGCUCACAAAAGUACUUAACAGUCUUUUGUCAGGAGGCAACAAAGUGCGCGCCUUCAACGCCUGGGUAAUGCCUCUACUCACAUACUCCUUUGGCAUACUAAGGUGGACUCAGACCGAGCUGGAUGCCCUGGAUCGGAGGGUCCGACAGCUGCUCACCACACACCGUAUGCUGCACCCACGCUCGUCUGUUAUGAGAUUGUACAUCCCACGGAAAUGUGGAGGAAUUAUUUCCUUAACAACGAGUGUGGGAUGCAUCGUGAUGUGGUGGCAGUAGACAGGAACCUCACGCCGCUCUCCUUGGCAAACGAGAACUGGCGCAAACCUGUGGUACUAAGUACUGCGGAUCGCAAGGCGGCAUGGGAGAGUAAGGCGCUACACGGGCGGUUCUACAAGGCCCUCACGGGACCCGAUGUGGACCUGCUCGCGUCGGUGAACUGGUUACGAUUCGGGGACCUCUUCGGAGAAACCGAGGGUUUUGCCUGUGCAAUUGCGGACGAAGUGAUGAUGACGAACAACUAUCGGAAAUAUAUCCUGAAGGACGGUACGGUCGACAUUUGUCGGGCAUGCCGCCGUCCCGGAGAGUCACUCAGGCAUAUCAUUUCCGGUUGUUCUCAUCUUGCUAACGGUGAGUACUUGCACAGACAUAAUCUCGUAGCCAGGAUUAUUCACCAGCAACUUGCUCUUCUAUACGGCCUUGUGGACCGCGAAGUACCGUACUACAAGUACUUACCUGCGCCUGUUCUCGAGAAUGGUCGUGCCACGCUCUAUUGGGAUCGAUCUAUCAUCACUGACAGGACUAUUGUCGCCAAUAAGCCUGACAUCGUGCUGAUAGACCGAUCGCAGCGCCGGGCCGUGCUCGCCGACGUCACCAUCCCCCAUGAUGAGAAUCUCGUGAAGGCCGAGAAGGACAAGUCCAGCAAAUACCUAGACUUAGCUCACGAGAUUACCGCCAUGUGGGAUGUUGACUCGACGAUCAUUGUUCCGAUAGUUGUGUCAGCGAACGGUCUCAUAGCGAAGAGUCUCGACCAACACCUAGAGAGACUCUCGCUGGGUGGUUGGAUCAAGGGUCAGAUGCAGAAGGCGGUAAUAUUGGACACGGCGCGUAUAGUACGUCGGUUCCUCACUCUGCGGCCCUGACCACCGGCAGCUUGGGCCAAGCCCCGCUGCCGGCGGCACCCUAGGUUAGGUUUUUUAUAAUGUGUUUAUAUGUAUUUUUUAUUGUUUUGUAAGUGUUUUUAUAUUUUACUUUUA